CUCUCUCUGUACUCCUCAGCUGCAUCAUUCAAUCACGCACUGCCAAGGAUUCAACACUUGCCAGGAAUAUACGGCGCCUAUUAAGUUUAACGAAAUGUUUCCACCAAUUUUGAUUUUUUUAACUCGCUCCAUUAACAUAGCAAAAUAGUUUGGAGGACUAUGAUGAAAUCAACGGUGCUCUUCAUCAAAUAUUAAAAUAUUAAAUCAGCUCAAGGAUGAUUUCACAUAAAGACCACAGCAUUAUUACUGACUGGUGCGGCACCAGCUAUACUUGGACAGCCAGAUGGGAAAAGAUAACAAUCUUGCACUUGCCUGCCUACUGUUACCUGCUAACCCAAAAGGUGUAUCUGGAGGUCUUAUUUCCUGGACCAUGUGUCAUUUUACCUGAUAACCUUGCUUUUUACGAUGGUGCCACUGGAGAAAGUGAUGUGGUUAUGAGUCCAGAAGAAUGUUAAUGGACAUGAAGAACUUUGUCCAGUACACUCUUGGCCUUCAUUUUUUAACUGUUUCUGAAAACAAGAGCAUCAUAGAGUUUUCAUGUGACUCUAUGUCUUCUUAAGCCCAAGUCUAUGGUUGUGUUUUGAUUGUGAGUGAGAGUGUUUGUUUCUUGUGUCUGCAUUAGUGGCUGUGUAUGUUUGCCUGUUCUUGUCAUUUCCUGCUGGUGAUCAAGUCAUGCCACGUGGAAGAGAUGUCAGCAACAGCUGUUGCCUCCCACUUCACCUGAAUGAAGACAAUGCCCGUUUUGGCUUGUUGGCGGCCCUCAUCCUCCUCUACCUGCUGUGUGGGGCGGUGGUGUUCUCCGCACUCGAGCAUCCCUCUGAGCUGCAGGCUCACAGACGCUGGGACCAACAGCUGGCCAACUUCACAGAGCAAAACAGCAUAAACCUGAAAUCCCUACAUGUCCUGCUAAAGCAAUAUGAGGAGGCCUUUGCGGCUGGGAUCCGUGUGGACAAACUUAGGCCCCGCUGGGAUUUCUCAGGGGCCUUCUACUUUGUUGCUACAGUGGUCUCCACAAUUGGCUUUGGCAUGACCACUCCUGUCACCGUUGCAGGCAAGAUCUUUUUGAUAUUCUACGGACUUCUUGGCUGUGCAGCAACAAUCCUCUUCUUCAACCUUUUCCUGGAGCGCAUCAUCACGAUGUUGGCCUACAUCAUGCGCUGGUGUCACGAGCGCCAACUGCGCCGCUCCGGCGUGGGAGGAGAGGAGGCCAGGAGCGAGGACGACAGUCUGGAGGGCUGGAAACCAUCGGUCUACUAUGUAAUGCUCAUUCUGGGCAUCGCUGCCCUGCUGAUCGCAUGCAGUGCGUCUGCGUUGUACUCUGCCAUGGAGGACUGGGACUACUUUGAGUCCUUGUACUUCUGCUUUGUGGCCUUCAGCACCAUUGGCUUUGGGGAUGUGGUGAGCAGCCAACGGGAGAGCUAUAAAGCUCAAGAAGCCUACCGUCUCGGCAACUGCCUCUUCAUCCUCAUGGGUGUGUGUUGCAUUUAUUCCCUGUUCAAUGUCAUUUCCAUCAUUAUCAAGCAGACACUCAACUGGAUCCUCGGCAAACUGGACUGCAGCAAGGCUCAGUGUCCGUGCCGUGGCCGUCCAUACAGAAGACGAGGUCAGGCCUGUUGUUGCUGCUGCUUUCCACGAAUUCCCAACCAGUGGCACAACCACCACCCUCCGCCGGGACAUUCCCGGCAGAGGGCUCAAAAGCGCAACGCCGUGCACCCUGCCCAGGCUAACGAAGCGACAGGAAAGCGCUUCACUAAUGCAUCAGUGGAAACAGUUUGUGAUAGUGAGACUGAUGCUGGCUUAGGACCAGAUGGAGGUUAUCUGACAGGGCGCAGACUGUCUGGAGAAAUGAUCUCAGUCAAUGACUUUAUGGCCAACAAGGUUUCUCUGGCCAUUCUACAGAAGCAACUCUCAGAGACCGCUCACGGUAAUCCAAGACAGAGCCACGUUCGCCAGAAUGGCUUCUCCGGUGGAGUGGGUGCCUUUGCUAUCAUGAAUAACCGCCUUCAGGAGACAAGUGUCGACAGGUAGCUUGAUUAUACAAAGAUGGCAUUGCAUAUUGCACAUUAUCAAAAGAUGACUUUAGUGAGGGUUGUGUUUUAUUCAGAACUGAAUUGAGAAUGGCUUCAAGAUUCUUGAAUUUGAAUUGCAUUUAAGUUGCAGUAGCAAACAGGAUGCAGAAUUUGAAUGUGAGGAAGUAUAUUUGAAAUGAAUUGAAAUUCAAAGAAAUGUACACAAAUCAUUUUUACUAGAUAAGCAAAGUUUAAGUUUGUUAAUGAGAUUCACUUCAAAAUGACAAUUCUGUUAUCAGUCAGACAUCGAUUCAUUUUCAAAACACAAACAGAGAUAUUUUUAAUUAAUAAUAAUCAUGUGGAAAAAGCAGCCUAAAUUAAAACCGCUCAUCAAAUAAAUCAAUCAUAUCACUUCAGAAGACUUAGAUUAAACCACUCAAUUAACAUGGAUAGUGUUUACAAUGUUUUAUUUUAUUUUAUUUUUAACUUUUUGAAUAUUUUUGGUGACUAACUUUUAAUGAAGGGACA